GGGGCGCGGCCCGGCCCCUUUAAGAGGAAGUAGGGCCGGCCGGGCGCGCGGAGCUGUGCGUGAGCGUCGAGAAAGUUGCGAGAGGCGCGGGAGAGAGCGGGCCGUGACCCCUCCGCCGGGGACAGGUGCGGGGGUCUCGGCGGAGGGAUAAUACGGAAGAUUAGAAGGUACUUGGAGAGCCAGAGGAGCUCAGAGGUAUUUCUGUGAAGAUAGAGGCCAUUACAACCUUGACAUUGGAAACUGUCGAGCAGCCGUGUGUCUCUAGCUGUCUUCACUGAAGACUUGUGAAAGAGAAGGGGGGGAAAAAAGAAGAAAAAUGUCCAACCCUUUAAAGCAAGUGUUCAAUAAGGACAAAACCUUUCGGCCCAAACGCAAGUUUGAGCCUGGGACGCAGCGGUUUGAGCUGCACAAGAGGGCUCAAGCCUCUCUCAAUGCAGGGCUGGACUUGAAGCUGGCUGUCCAGCUGCCGUCUGGUGAGGAACAGAAUGACUGGGUGGCGGUGCAUGUGGUGGACUUCUUCAAUCGCAUCAAUCUGAUCUACGGCACCAUCAGUGACUAUUGCACGGAACAGUCCUGUCCGAUCAUGUCUGGGGGACCCAAGUAUGAGUACAGAUGGCAGGACGAGCACAAGUACCGGAAACCCACUGCCCUAUCUGCUCCCAAGUACUUGAACCUCUUGAUGGACUGGAUUGAGGUGCAGAUCAACAAUGAGGACAUUUUUCCCACCAAUAUUGGUACUCCGUUCCCCAAGAACUUCCUUCAGGUAGUGAAGAAGAUUCUGUCCAGGCUCUUCCGGGUCUUUGUUCACGUCUACAUCCACCAUUUUGACAGGAUCAGCCAUAUGGGGUCAGAGGCCCAUGUGAACACCUGCUACAAGCACUUUUACUAUUUUGUGAAAGAGUUCAAUCUAAUAGACACCAAGGAGUUGGAACCUCUGAAGGAAAUGACCUCCCGGAUGUGCCACUGAGCUUUGGACCUUCUUGCCCUCACCCAGGCCAAGCCUCCUCAGGACUGCUGAACCCCUUCACUGCAACAGAGAUGCCGCUUAAGGGACAAUCAGACAUUUCAUAGAAAUAUAUUUUUAUUGAGAUUUCAACUUAAAAUGGAGACUGCAGAAAUAUUUUUUUAAAGAUGCCUUAGAUAACUAGUUUUUAUGGUAAUUUCUGUAAUUGUUUGCCAUUAGAUGGAAAUGCAUUAUUUUAGUCAGUUUUUUUAGAGGGGGAAUAAGCAUUAUGACCAAAACCACCUGAUGUUUCAUCUCACUUGCUGCCUUGGUGGGUGACCCUAACUAAGCCUGAUCAGACCAUAGAAUUUGUUGCUUCAAAUUUUCUUUUUUUAAGAUGGACUGGCUUUCAACAUAGCCAGGGUGUGGAGUCGGCCUUGAGACCAUAGUGGUGCAUGGCACUGGCUGUACUAUACGUUCAGUGUCCAGGUGUGUGGAAGAGGAAGGCUCACCUGCAUCCUGAAGGUAGGGUAGGAAGUGCUUUGUUAGGGCCUCUUGGUGGGACACUGCAGAUCCUACAGCUAUUCCACUAGCUGAGAAUUAAUUAAACUUAAAUGUGCAUAUAGACUUGGCUCCUUGCACACUUCUCCAGCCCUUGUAUCUAACUGCCUUUCGCUCCAUGAUUAGGCCUUUCUCUCUGAAAAUGUCUUCUGUUCCUUUCUCUGACUUCACAGCUAGACCACACCUUUCACUGCUUGGGGAAAUCGAUGCUAAUCUCACUCUGUUUAUUCCUCUGCUAAUCUUUUGAGAUCAUUGCUCACCAACGCCUGUCUCCUAGUUCUAAAGCAGGAGAAUACUAAGGUUUCCACCUUUCAAAGCACAUUGUGUUGAGGACAGAGUUGCUAUAUUAGGGUGCUGUCUAUGCUGGGGAACUAAUAUACUUGGAUGGAUUUCACCUGACUUUCCUGUUGCAUCCACUUUUAGCUGUCUUUCUCCACCUAGCUGUAGGUUCUAUUCAUUGGGGGGGGUGGAGCUUAAGGGGGAAGAAGGAAUUAAAAUACUUUUGCUUCUCCUACUGAAAGGAGAUAUGGGGGUGGGGCCAGGGAAGGCUGCUGGGACAGAAGCUAGGUGAGUUUUUUCCAGGCACACCAACAUUUAGCCUGUUCAAGGGCUGCAGCUUGGGCAACUUUCUUGAAGCCCAAAGUCUAGAGUUAAUCUGAUUUAAAAUGGAGCAAAUUGAGGUAAUGAGGUCUCCAGGUCCCAGAGUGCAAUUCUCCAUCUUGAGCCAAGCAAAGACUGCUACAGUUGGGAGGGAGUGUUAUGUACUGGAUAGGCCUCACCUUUGGUGAGUGACUAUAUUUGGCCCACCCUUGUCUGCUGCAGAACCACGUGAGAUGCAUCUCUACUUGGCGAUGGAAGCUCUCUGUCAGUUUUAGCUGGAGUAUCGAAGAGAAGCCAAGUUCUUCCACUCCAGAGACCAAAUCACUUUGUUUAGUCCCCCCCACUAUCCCCAGAUAAAUCUAGUGCUAGUCAGGGAACUCUGCAGGUGUUGCACUGCCCUGGACUUCAUUUACUGGCCCUGGCUUGGUACUCUCUAACUUAUGUAAGUGUCCUCUGCCCUCUCUUCCUGAACACCAUUUGCCAGUCCUUUCCUCCCGGCUAGCUACCUUAAUGGACAAAGUCUCUCGCGAGCCGCUGGCCUGCGUACUGCCUGCAGGGGGGUUAAUUUCGGCCUGUAACUCUGAAUGCAGAGACUUCAGAACACUGAUUUCUCUGUGUGAUAAAGGAGGGACUGCCUUGGAUUUGGGGUGAAGGGUGGGGGGUUUUUUUGUGAGCAGUGACCAAGUUGUUACCACUAGCCACUUUCCUCUAAGGAAACAAUCCUGUGGUCUGAGUCUCUGUACUUAUGUGAGUCGCGUCUCGUACCGUGCCCUGGAUGCUGUUUCUAACACGUACCACUAUCAUUCUGUGAAACAGACACAAUAAAUUAUAUAGUAUUUA